AUGGUCCGCCUCGCCGUCCCCUUCGCCAUCGCGGCCACGCUCCUCGCCGGCGGCAUGGCCUCCUGUACCAACACCGGCCAGACCCAGAUGGUCACCUACGUCAAGCGGGCCGCCAACGUCACCCGGGACCAGUUCUGGGACUACUGGCAGACCGAGCACGCGCCCAAGGUCGCGCCCUUGGCCGUCCACUUCAACAUCACGCGCUACCAGCAGAUUCAAGUCGGAGGCCAGAUCCUCCCUACGGCAGCGGGUUCGACCGAGCCCGCCGCCACCGAGCCGGUGGAGUUUGACGGCAUCGCCAUGUUCCUCUACAAGUCGGACGAGGUGCUCGCGGCCAUGCUCGCCCACCCGUACUACCUCGAGGUGGUCGAGCCCGACGAGCACGUCUUCAUCGACAAGGCCGCCUUCGGCGCCGGCAUGGUUGCCACCUUCGUCGGCACCGACAUCGAGAUCGUGGACGGGAAGAAGGACGUCUGGGUCGGCAACCGGGCGACGAGGGAGAAGUACGACAAGGUCUUUCAGUCUUACCUGUAG